CUUUUCCCCUACUUCCCAAUUCCUCAAUCCAGUAUGUUCCGAAAAAGCAACCUCCUCAAACAAAUGUAAAGCAAAGCAAACACUCACUUUCCCUUCCUCUUCAGGGAAAACCAACCUAAACCCUCCAAGCAACACAAACAACAACAUCCCACAAUCAUCACUCUCUCUCACAGACCCAAGAAUCAAUCAUGGAUGAAUCCGAAUCAUACCCAAAAGAAUACUACGAUCAACAAACCAGACGAACCAACUCAAACCCAUACUCAUCUUCCUCCACAACCAGCGUCCACGUCACAGCCCUAGACGGCCUCGUAAACGUGAACUCACUCUUCACAAUCGCUGUCUUCGUAGGCCUCUCUCUCACCACCCCAAACCAACACAGCCUCGAAAACCCCUCUGCCUGCGACGCCGGCGUCGCCGCCGCCAAGAAGCUUCUAGUCUUCGAAGUUGUCUCCUUCAGCUUCUUCCUCUUCUCCUCCUUAGUCGCUCAGGGCCUCAAGCUUGCAAUCAAUCUCUUGAACAGCAAAGAUGUCGAUGAGGCAUUUCGGGCUCACAUUAAUUUCAAGGUUCUCAGAUUCGGAAUGUUGGCUUCAGCGAUUGGAUCGGUGAUGGGGUGCUUGUUCUUGAUGCUUUCGAUGGUGAAUGUGAUUGAGAUCCGGUUGGGGACUCUCUCUUGCGGCAGCAAAUCGACGGUUCAUGCUGUCGCGGCGUUGAUUAUACUGGUGACCUCUGCACUUAUUGUUUAUAUAUCUACUGCUGUUUAUGCGUUUUUGCAUUGAUUGUGCAAAUUCUGAGCUCUGCCUGUGUGUUACUUAAUUAUAAGAUAUGACUAUGAGAUUGAAGUAGUUUAUGAGAUUGGUUGAAUUAUGUUGAUUUGGUGAAAUUGAUGGUCUGAUUCCUGUAAAAAAAAAAAAAAAGAUUUUUGGGGCUAAUUAUGAUGAUAUGGUUAAGUAUUUACUGUUGAAA